AUGGUUUCAUUGUUAGGCUCGCAUUUCGCCAAAAGGCUCAUUUCUUCAGGAGAAUAUCGCGUUCGCAUUAUUGACCAGUCACCAAAGCCCACUUUCCCCGAAGGGGAUCUUUGCCAUGAACUGAUAAUCGGCAACCUCUGUGAUCCCAGCACCUGCCGUUCAGCUGUGGAUGGUGUCUCCAUUGUCUGCCAUUUCGCCGCCAAUAUGGGGGGCAUGGGGACCAUCCACGAGGCCAACGAAUUCAGGAUCUAUGCCGAGAAUCAUUUCAUGACAUUGCAUCUCCUUCAAGCCGCCAUCGAGGCCGGCGUUAAGCGCUUCCUAUACGCAUCGACUGCCUGCGUUUACCCGUUACACUUGCAGCAAUCCGUCGAACCGGCGACACCACUGUCCCUAAGCGAAGACGACGUCUAUCGCGAUGCCACUUCCGAGUCCCCACCGUGUCCCCAAGGUCUUUAUGGCCUCGAGAAGCUCUCUACGGAGCUCCUGCUCCAUCAGGCUUCGUCCAAGGUCUCCGUUCGUAUUGCCCGUCUUCACAACGUCUACGGACCAGGCGGGACUUGGAACAGUGGUCGGGAGAAAGCGCCUGCCGCUAUGUUGCGGAAGGCGUUGGCUCUCAAACGGCUGGGUGCUGGAUCAUCCCAUUCAUUCGAGAUAUGGGGCGAUGGUCAGCAACAGCGCAGCUUCUUAUACAUCGACGACGCCGUCGAUACACUUUUGAAGCUCCUCGCAUCCGAUUACUCCUCCCCACUGAACAUCGGUUCCGACACAUCCGUGUCGAUUCUGCGUCUUUCCAAACUGGCGCUUCGAGUUGCUCGUGCAGAUUCCGGUCGAGUUUCAUUUUCCUUUGACACCACCAAACCCGUUGGCGUGGCAUCCCGCAACUCCAACAACGAACGCGUCUCCCGCGUUCUUGGUUGGAGGCCGUCGACAAGUUUGGAUGUGGGGAUGGCGAAGACAUGCGCCUGGAUGGAAAAGGAGAUGGAGAGAUUGCUUUCUCAACGAGAAUCCGGCUUGGCUCGAGAAACGUUGCUUCUGCAGUGUCUCUCGAGCAAAGUCGUGGACUUGAAGGAAGAGGCAACUGUGUUCGCCAUCCUACUACCCAUCACUUCCCGAGGAGGAACGUCUCCCCAGUCGUGCUUAUCAAAUUUAGGGAAAUUUGCUCAGUCCCUUUCGGAUACGACUUGGCGAGAUCUUCAUUCGCUCGGUGGCAAGAGAUACCGUGUUGCUAUUUAUCUCGCCAUCGACCACGACGACGAAUUCCUCCUCGCUGACCAGGGUCCCAACAAAGCUGAGGCUCUCCUUCGUAGCCACGGCUUUUCCGACGUAACGUCUCUUAUCUGCGAUUACCCUCGAGGCCAUGUUUGCUCGCUGUGGAGAGAUUGCGCUGCCCGGGCCUUCGACGACUGUUGCGACUACUAUGGGCUGUUCGGCGACGACGUUUCCAUUUUGGAUGAAGGGUGGAUGCGAAAGAUGGACGAGAGUUCCACCGAAUCGCCGAGCACGAAGGUGUCCCUUUUGCUCUACCGGCGGUGGAACGCUUCGAGGAUGGUCGACUUGCGCCUUUCGAACAGCAUUGGAGGUAGUGACGAUGCACGGUACGCGAAGCAGCGCGCCCGAGAUUGGACCUUUGAUACCUUGACCAAUGCGGUUUCUUCAGUGGACUCCCACAUUAGAUCCUUCAAUCCAUCCAUUUCGCCCACCCUUACCCUCGAUGUAGUCAUCCCAUGCUACCGGGUCGACCUCGCUAUCAUCUCCAACAUCCUUGCCCUCCAACACUCGCCAACCUUGACAAUCAUGUUCAUCAUCAUCGUCGACAACCCCAGCUCUCCCCAGAUUCUCAAACUCGAGACUCUUUAUGGCCGUCGGCCGGACGUUCGCAUCCGCGUCAACUCGGUCAACCUUGGCGCCUCUGCUUCACGAAAUCGUGGCAUGUCGGAGUCGUCUGCAGAAUGGGUGUACUUCCUAGACGAUGACAUCGUCCCCGAUGCCGAUCUUCUCUUCGAGGCGGAGAAGGUCAUUCGCGAACACCCAGACGCCGCCGGAUUUGUUGGAAACACCGUCUUCCCGAAAAGCGAGACCAUUUUCCAGGCUGCCGUUCACCUUGCCGGCGUCACCUACUUCUGGGACAUCGCCACCAAGAUUGAGGACGACGUACCUUGGGGUGUCACUGCGAACCUAAUUGCCCGGCGGAACAUCAAGGAUGGGAUUGAAUACGACCUUCGAUAUCCGAAGACUGGUGGAGGAGAAGACAUCGACUUUUGCCGCUUGAAGAGGGAGGUGUCCAUCAAAAGGGGAGGGUCCGGGUUUGGAGCAGCGCCGCUGGUGCGCGUUACUCACCCAUAUUGGAAUAAUGGCAAGCGGUCGUAUUGGAGGUUCUACAUGUGGGCGUAUGGCGAUGGGAUGCUGGUGGCGCGCUUCCCCGAACUCACCUAUCGAGAUUAUGCACCCAACAGUGCCGAGUAUCUUCUCCUUGCCAUUGCGCUCCCGUUCAUCGUCCUCCCUUUAGGCGACAACUUACUCUCUUCCCUUUACCUCACUGCAUAUCUCAUCGCCAAAGGCCUCAGCAGUGUCGUUCUUGCCAACGUUCUUCAUGACAUCUAUCGGCACCUUUGGCAACACCCCGAGCGCGAUGCUGGCUUGAACUCAUCUAUCAAGUCGGGGCCUCGAUUUUGGCUAGCCUUGGUCGAAAGCAGCUUUAUUCGGAUGUCUAGUGAGUUGGGUCGUUUGAAGGGUGCGGUGGAUAGGAAGCAAUGGUACUGCAUUGGGAAGCGCUUCGACUGGUUCGCAGGGCGUGAGGGCGAUGGUCCUAAGCGAGAAGAGAGGUGGAAUAACGUGCAGCGAUUAGUUUGUAUAGUUCUGAUUUUCCGCUUUGUACUCUGA